AUGAGCUGCUUGAAGGGCGCCUGCGGUUGCUACGCAAAGAGUCCGUUCAGUGGGUCGCUGGGAAAGAGCUUCCACCUGUCCGAUGCAUGCAACUCCUGCGUCUGCCGCAUUGGCUACUCCGGCACUGGUGGAACGAAGACAUGCGUGGGCUGUCGGACGAAGAAGCCGGUGCCGGAGCGGAUUCAAUGGCUUCGCAGAUAUCGCGUGCACCUGGCCAACGAGAGGAACUGCGACUGUCGCAGUGCCUCGCCCAAGGACUAUUGGUACGACACGAAUCGGGAGACCAUAAAGAGCUUAGGCCGAGCAUUCGACGUGCCCGUCGACCAGCUCGCCGACUUUCUCUACAUGCUGACCAUGCAGAACUUUUCGGCAAUGCUGAAUCCGCACGGCAGCUGCUUUGCCGGCUACCGCCUGCCGUUCUACAAGAGCGACACCUGCAACCUGUACGCCAGCAUCUUCGACGAUGAGGGCAACGUCCGAACGCCGUUCAGCCCGGGUGCGUUGAUCAGUCUGUUGACGGUGCUGCAGCAGGUGUUGCUGCAGGACCAUCAACCGCCUCACCCCCCCGAACUUCCGUUUUUUAUGGAAAAGAAAAAAUACAAAUCGAGCAAAUUGAAGGAAAGACUUAAGCUGGUAUCAUUCGACAGCCUGAACAGGCGCUUCGACAUCCCCGAGACGUUACAGAUCAAGAACCCAAACCCAUUGGACUAUCGGCAAGCGCCCUUUGCGAACGCACUGGACGUGGCAGCGCCAUCUAGCAAACAGCUGAGGCACUUGAUGGAUGUUGUCAGAUAUAAGUCGAACAUCAAAAUAGAUUUCGCGAGUAGCUUGGAGAAGCUCGACCUGAAGGCGGCCAGCACCAGCAACGCGAAGAGGCAGAGCUUGCAGAAAUUGUCGAAGGGCGUCGCCAGGGAAUACUCUUAUUUAAUCCAAAACGACCAGCCGAGGCUAAGCACGCCUCGAACGAGCCUUCCAAGGGAGACUACUGAAACAAUUGAAGAGCCACCAACGAAGGAACAAGAACACUUGUACUUCGGCGAGCCGAUUCCAGUGCUGAUGCACAAGCCCUUCAAUCCCAAGGAAUCGGAGACGUUCCUCCGUCGCGCUCCCAAGCAACUUCGCGUGGAUGACAAUGGAAAUGUGGUCGAUAGCAAGAACCUGCGUCGUUACAGACGGGAAACCAUCGAAGAUCUCCUCAAGGAUGCGCGCAAAACCCGAUCCAUACAUUCCCUGGUCAGCGUAGACUCUGAAGAUAACUCCAUCGCAAGUCGCAAGUCGUAA